AUGCUGCGCCAGCCGCUAUGUCGGGCGCUUGCGCUGAGCUCGCCAGCACGUGCGGUUCCUCUGGCGUCUCGCAGCUACUCUAACCCUGUGCCAGCUGAACCUGAAAAAGUGGAAGUCUUUAUUAAUGACAAACCUGUAUAUGUAGCACCGGGAACCACUGUCUUACAAGCAGCAGCUCAAGUUGGUGUAGAAAUACCUCGUUUCUGUUACCAUGAGCGUCUUGCCGUUGCCGGCAACUGCAGGAUGUGUCUGGUUGAAGUUGAGAGAUCACCGAAACCUGUAGCAGCAUGUGCUAUGCCAGUUAUGAAGGGGAUGAGAGUGAAGACAGAUUCUGACCUAACAAGGAAAGCUCGUGAAGGUGUAAUGGAGUUCCUUCUUGUGAACCAUCCUUUAGAUUGCCCAAUUUGUGACCAAGGUGGUGAAUGUGACCUUCAAGAUCAGUCUAUGGCUUUUGGCUCAGAUAGGAGCCGUUUCACAGACGUUCACUUCUCCGGCAAGCGUGCUGUCGAAGACAAAGAUAUAGGCCCACUGAUCAAGACUAUAAUGACCCGUUGUAUUCACUGCACGCGUUGCAUUCGAUUUGCAUCAGAAGUUGCUGGCGUCGAUGAUUUUGGUACAACUGGUAGAGGCACUGAUAUGCAGGUUGGGACAUACGUCGAGAAAAUGUUGCUGUCAGAAUUAUCUGGCAAUGUUAUUGAUCUGUGCCCUGUUGGUGCUUUGACUUCCAAGCCUUACAGCUUUGCUGCACGACCCUGGGAAACCAGGAGGAUUGAUUCCGUAGAUGUCUUAGAUCCCUUGGGAAGCAACAUAGUUGUUACCACCCGAACGAACGAGGUACUGCGUAUACUUCCUAGGACCAAUGAGGAAAUUAAUGAAGAAUGGUUGUCGGAUAAGUCACGUUUCGCGUGUGAUGGACUGAAGCGCCAACGACUUGUGACGCCUAUGAUGACAGACAGCAGGGGUAACCUCAUGCCUGUGGACUGGGAGGAUGCCAUCGUGGCCGCCGCUAGGGCUUUGAGGGACUGUCCUCCUAACAAACUUUUAGCUGUCGCUGGUGAUAUGGCCGACGCCGAAUCUCUCGUUGCCCUGAAGGACCUGGUUAACAGACUGGGUUCAGAAAACACCUGUACUGAACAAUACUUCCCGUUAGACGGCGCCGGCAUCGACCUACGUUCAUCGUAUCUAUGUAACACAAAGAUUGCUAACGUGGAAGACGCCGACUUCGUGCUCCUGAUCGGUACGAACGUGCGCUUCGAGGCGCCGCUGCUCAACGCGCGCAUCCGCAAGGCCUACGUGCACAAGGACACCGACGUAGCGCUCAUCGGGCCUAAAGUCGACCUCACCUACGAUUACAUGCACGUAGGCGACUCGGCAUCAGUCGUAAAAGAUCUCGCCACGGGUUCUUCAAGCCACGAAGUUCUGAAGCGCCUGCAAGCAGCUAAACGUCCCGUCGUCAUACUCGGUGCGGACCAAUUGAAGGGGCCCGAAGGACCAGCUCUGUUGGCGUACACGCAAGAGCUCGCUUGCAAACUGCAGGAUAAACUCCAGGAUAAAGAGUGGAAGGUUUUGAACGUACUGCAACGUACAGCAUCCCAGGUAGCGGCACUAGACCUGGGCUAUCAGCCUGGCGUAGGUAAAGCUUUGCAAGAUGGACCCAAGGUGGUGUACCUGCUCGGAGCUGAUAGCGGUGUGGUAUCUCGGGACCAGCUGCCGAAAGACGCUUUUGUUAUAUAUCAAGGUCACCACGGCGACGCGGGCGCGGCGAUGGCGGACGUGGUGCUGCCCGGCGCCGCCUACACGGAGAAGCGCGCCACCUUCGUCAACGCCGAGGGACGCGCGCAGCAGACGCUCGUGGCCGUGGCGCCGCCCGGCAUGGCGCGGGAGGACUGGAAGAUCAUCCGGGCACUGUCUGAGGUGAUAGGCGAACGUCUGCCGUACGACAAUUUGGACGAGGUUCGCGACCGCCUGAGCGAGAUAAGCCCCGCGCUCGUCGCCUACGGAGAUGUGCAGGAAAACAACUACUUCGCGCAGGCUCGCGCUCUCGCACAGAGUCUGCAGAAACCCGUUUCGGGCAAAUUAGAUGUACAGCUGAAGCAUUUGGAAGAUUUCUUCAUGACAGACACGAUCAGCCGCGCCUCCCCCACUAUGGCUAAGUGCAUCCAAGCUGUACUCAAACAGAAAGAUUCACCAUAUUAA